UCCUGUCCUCAGCAUUAUUUGCCUUUAAAAUACAUUUCUUGUUCCACUCUCUUUAUUUUCCUAACAGUGAGAGAGGGAGGAAAUGAGAUGGACCAUUAUGAACCUCCUAUUACUCCCAUUGAUGAUGUUCUGGUUACUACCACCACCCAAGAAUGCCGCCACCGCGGAAGUGCCGGCGAUCAUAGUGUUCGGUGACUCGACGGUCGACACGGGGAACAACAACCGGAUCUCGGCACUUCUCAAGAGCAACUUCAGACCCUAUGGGCGUGAUUUCAUGGGUGGGAAGCCCACCGGGCGGUUCAGCAAUGGCCGGCUGGCGACCGACUUCUACUCGGAGUUUUACGGCCUUGGUCCCUUCGUGCCAGCUUAUCUUGAUCCCAAGUAUGGGAUAGAGGAUUUUGCCACCAGAGUUUGCUUCGCAUCUGCUGGCUCUGGGCUGGACAAUGCUACGGCCAACGUUCUGUCUGUGAUACCCUUGCGGAUGCAAGUCCAGUACUACAAAGAGUAUCAGACUAGACUGAAGAGCUAUCUCGGAGAGGAGAAGGCCAAGCAUACGUUGAGGGAGGCCGCGUAUGUCAUUAGCAUCGGGACUAACGAUUUUAUCGAGAAUUACUUUGCCUACACCACGGAUCGAUACAUGCAAUUCACCGUCGGUGAGUAUGUGGACUUCCUCGCGGGUCUCGCCCGUGACUUCUUCGAAGAACUUUACGCUUUGGGGGCCCGAAAGAUUGGCUUCACAGGACUGGGUCCGAUAGGGUGUGUGCCCUUGGAACGGAGCCUGAACUUUAUAACCACGGCCGGUUCAUGCAUGGAAGAGUACAACGAGGUGGCAAGAGACUUCAAUGCAAAGCUGCAAGCCGUCAUUGAUGAGUUGUGUGCCACUCUGCCGGGCAUCCAACUGAAAUUAGCCCCCGUGUAUGACUUCUUUGUUUACGUCUUGCAAAAUGGAUUUCUAUAUGGGUUUGAGAACGUCGAGUUCGGAUGCUGUGCCACUGGAACGAUCGAGGUGGGAUACACAUGCAAUGAAUUGAGCCCAUUCACGUGUCCAGAUGCAAGCAAAUACGUAUUCUGGGACGCCGUCCACCCAACUGAGAAGGCGGGCCAGAUCAUUGCUGCGUACUUGUUCAACACCACAGUCGGACAAUUCCAAUGAAUCAAAAAAUAGCUACUUUUCAAGACAUUUACCCAUGAAGAACGUUGACGUUUUUUUCUGUUUGUCUUUUCCUUUUUCUUCUUUAGAUUCAUAUUCAAUUGGCUUCAUAUAUAUUUAGUGAUUAUGUCACAUGUAAGUUUCUAUACUCACAGCCUGCUCAACUUUGUUACUAAAUCUUGUUGAAUUUGAUUUGGCUUUAUGGAACCUGCAAUCUUCUGCAAGAAAUUUGAUUAAGAAAAACAUCAAGACCUUUCAAUA